AUGGAUGAUGAAAAUCGUGAGAAGCGCGGCAAUGUCGUCGCAACGGCACCAUUCGAGCGAGGUCCACCCGAGCCUCCAUACAUAAUGAUUCCAGCACUUCCCCUUCCAACCCUCAGCAUACUUCCAUCUUUUGAAGUCAUGGACUCUACCGAUCUUUCCGAGGCAGACCUGCGCAUAAUCACCCAAAAUGCACCACAGCUCGCUCGAGAUAACACCUCCAACUGGAAUUACGAUAUGCGGCGGGAUGCUCAGCCCAUCCUUGAUUUCCUCCACCUGGGCCCGUGGAACAGUGCAAGGGAUAGGGCAUACCUCGAGAGAGAGGGCAUAACGAUGCUGCUGGGAGUCUUGGAUACCCGCAUGGCUCCGAUACAGGUCCUAUCACUGCAGAGAGCGGUCCAGGGACUUGACAUCGCCAUAGAUCACAUCGACGCCACAAAUCACCAGGAGCUCAUCAGGCUUUUCCCCGAGUUCGUCCGCAAGGUGAACGACCACAUGCUCAGCGUCUACCGGAAACAGGCCGUCCAGGCGCCUGCCGUGCCUGGUGAGAUGGCCAUCGACCCGACCAGCUUCAGCCGCGGCAAGAUCCUGGUCUUUUGUGACAGCGGCAACGAACGCUCGGCCCUGAUGGUAGCUGGAUACAUCAUGAACCUCUUUGGCGUGGACGUGGUCAGCGCCGUUCAGUUUGUCAACUGCCAACGCUUCUGCACAAACUUUGACGAGGAGUGUAAGCAGUGGUUGAGGGCGUAUCAGGACAUCCUCGAGGCCAAGAGGUCAGUGGCCACGUCGAAAUCCACCGGAACACGGCCAUCAGGCCUCACAUCCAACAAACGAUCUAUCGAUCAAGCAUAUCACGAGGAGAACGAUACAGGUCGAGAACAUGACCUGGGACGUUGGAUAGACCGGGAGGCGUUUGUUCCUUUUAUCGAUGGCAGGGAAAAGGAUAUAGAAAUGGCGUGA